CGCACAAGGUCCGUGAAACAGCGCGCCAUUGCGCAUGGGCAGAGGACUUCUUGUACCUCAUCUCUAUGCUGCCCUAGCUCGGUGAAAUAAAAGAGGAGCUGCCCGGACCACUAGCUACAAGCUAAACAUCUCGGAGCUGUAAAAUAACGGUUGCAGAGACAGCCCCUGCCGUAGGAUGUAGUCCCCAUCAGAUCACGGCAGAGCAGACAGACAACCAGAACAAGCGCCCCCUAAAACCCCACCACCACCUCCGCAUCUGCCUCGCGCAGAGGUCGCAGUCCUCCUCGCUACGACAACGUUCCCCUUCCCCCCACCCCUUCCCGUUCCCCGAUCACCAGCAUGUCCGCCGUCACCUCGGCAACCCCAGCCCCGCCUACCCCCAUAAACCCCCCGCCCCCUGAGGUGACCAACCCCAGUAAGCCGGGCCGGAAGACCAACCAGCUGCAGUACAUGCAGAAUGUAGUGGUCAAGACGCUGUGGAAGCACCAGUUCGCAUGGCCCUUCUACACACCAGUGGAUGCGAUAAAACUAGGCCUGCCGGAUUAUCAUAAGAUAAUCAAGAACCCCAUGGACAUGGGCACGAUUAAGAAGAGGCUGGAGAACGCCUACUAUUGGAGUGCAAGCGAGUGCAUGCAGGAUUUCAACACCAUGUUCACCAACUGCUACAUUUACAACAAGCCCACAGACGAUAUCGUCCUCAUGGCUCAGGCUCUGGAGAAGAUUUUCCUGCAGAAGGUCGCCCAGAUGCCCCAAGAGGAGGUGGAGCUCCUUCCACCUGCCCCCAAGGCCCCGAAGGGCCGCAAGCCGACUGGACCACUCGGAAUAGGUGGUCAGCAGGAGGCAGCCGUGUCGUCGCCCUCUCCGCCGACGUCCUUCCCAGGCACCACGUCUCCGGGUCCCCAGACUCCGGUCAUCUCCUCUGUGCCCGUGGGCUCCAUCACCGCCAACAUCCCCUCCACGCAGAAUGCACAGGCCACGCCCAUGAUGCCGGUGGGACCACCCUCUCAGCCCAUCGUCAAAUUCCCUCAGAAGAAAGGGAUCAAGAGGAAAGCGGACACCACCACGCCCAACACCUCUGCCAUCACGGCUAGCCGCGGCGAGUCGCCCACGCCGCUCUCUGACGUCAAGCCCACCGGCGGUGGCAAGCCAGGCCCGCGGCGCGAGAGCGUCCCUCGGCCCGUCAAGCUGGCCAAGAAGGAGGCGGAGGACGGCGAACUGGGCGGCCAGCAUGGCGGCGGAGGCAAGCGGUCGCGUCUGACCGAGCACCUCAAGCACUGCGACAACAUCCUCAAGGAGAUGCUGUCCAAGAAGCACGCCGCCUACGCCUGGCCCUUUUACAAGCCUGUGGACGCCGAGGCGCUGGCCCUGCAUGACUACCAUGACAUCAUCAAGCACCCCAUGGACCUGAGCACCGUCAAGAAAAAGAUGGACGGUCGGGAGUAUACGGACGCACAGGCUUUUGCUGCAGACGUCCGAUUAAUGUUCUCAAAUUGUUACAAGUAUAACCCACCAGAUCAUGAGGUGGUCGACAUGGCCAGGAAACUGCAGGACGUGUUUGAGAUGCGCUUUGCCAAGAUGCCGGACGAGACAGCGGCGCUAAGUCCGGGUGGCGGUGGUGGCGCGGCGGGCGGUCCGGUGGUCAGCAAGAGCACGGGCAGCAGUGGCAGCAGCGGCGAUUCGUCUGACGACGACAGCUCCGACUCCGAGGAGGAGCGCGCCACUCGCCUGGCAGAGCUGCAGGAACAGGUGGGUGCGGAACAGCAGCGGUUGUCUGAAAAGAAGCCCAUUGCUUGCAGGCGGGGGAGUAAAAACGGGUUACAUCAGCUGAAGGCCGUCCACGAGCAGCUGGCCGCUCUCUCUCAGGCGCCCGUCAGCAAACCAAAGAAGAAGAAGGAGAAGAAAGAGAAGGACAAGAAGAAGAAGGAGCGCGACAACAAGCACAGCAAAGCCAAGCCCGAGGACGACAAGAAGGCCAAGCGGGCGGGCCAGCCCGCCAAACCGGCCCAGCAGAAGAAGGCCCCCUCCAAGAAGGCCAACAGCACCGUCCCUGCCUCCAGGCAACCAAAGAAGGGCAGCCGCACGGGCGAGACGGACGAGGAGGAGGAGUGCCUCCCCAUGACGUACGACGAGAAGCGGCAGCUGAGCCUGGACAUCAACCGACUGCCGGGCGAGAAGCUGGGCCGCGUGGUGCACAUCAUCCAGACGCGCGAGCCCUCGCUGCGCGACUCCAACCCCGACGAGAUCGAGAUCGACUUCGAGACGCUCAAGCCGUCCACGCUGCGUGAGCUGGAGAAGUACGUCAAGUCCUGCCUGCAGAAGAAGCAGAGGAAACCGCUACAGAAAGGCUCAGGGCCUGGGUCCGGCCCGUCUCGUGCGAGCGGCAGCAGCAGCUCUUCGGACUCGGGGAGCAGCAGUUCCAGCGGCUCCAGCUCGGACAGCAGCGACUCUGACUGAACACACAAACACACGCACGACACUCACACAUAUACACGGCCUCCCCUCACUCAGCCCCAGACCCCUCCAUGGGAACUGCUCCUUUUUACAUUUAUUUUACUUUUGACUCCCUGUCCCCAUCCUUGGGUUUUUUGUUUUUUAAAACAUUGUAUUCAUGGUUGUUUCACCCCCUGCCCUUUUCUCCCCUCCUCCUCCUCCUCCUCCUUCUCCUCGCCUCCCCUCCUAUCUCUUGAGACUCAUUUCUUAUGAGAGAAAAGAAAAAAACAACAAUAAACAAAAGAAAACAAACACAAAAGGAUGGAUGGCGUACAGGGACAUUUGCAAGCUUUUUUUUUUCAGCUGAAUUUUUUUUUUUUUUUUUUUUUUUUCGAGGAAAAAAACAAAUCAGCAAAAACAGGCAACAUGUAAGAUGACUAUUUUCACGGACUUUCCAAAGGGUUGUCCCCCACACACACACACACCAUCAACCAAACAUAAUUCUUUACACCCACACAAAGAACAUACAAGAGCAUUUUUAAGUAUUCUUGGAUGAAAAGAAAAAAAAACAAUUGUUUCCUAAUCUUUUUUGUAUUAUUAUUAUUAUUAUUAUUAUUGUGGAAAGAAAAUGUACUCCUUGCUGUCAAUUUUGCAAUGCCAUCUUAUACUCUGUGCUGUUCUCCAAAGCCCUCCAGCCCCUGCCACACAGGCUCACUUGCUUAAGUCAUAGCCGCUACUCCUACCGUUCUAGCCUGUCAUUGGAUAUGUAUGUGGAUUCACUUUGAUUAGUUGUAUGCCAGCUCUCAAUUAGUUGAAAGGCGUAGGCUAUAAGUGAGCAAGAUAAAACCUCUCUCUCCUCAACUUACACACCAGGCUUGUUUGGUUGCAGUUUAUCUCCGGUGCAGUAUAAAUCACGAUUUAGACUUGAGCUGUAUCGCCAAUGUAAUACCAUAUACUACCACUUGGGGGUGUGCAGUGAUUGGAAAUUUUAGGAGGUGCUAUUGAGCUCCUCUCUUGUGUGUGUUUGGUGAGAAUGGAAUAAUGUUUCCUGGUUUAUUUUCGUGGCUGUGUAUGGGGGUUUCUGGAGGGGGAGGGGACAUGGCAGCCAGUGGGUGGUCAGACAGGGUGGCAGAUCUCAAGACAAUGCUAAUUUAUUUUGGUCGUUGCAUUAGACUAGACUAGAGACAAAAGCUAGUUCAAAAACGACCGACCACGUUGUCAAAUCACAGUUGAGCGGCUCAAGGAAAGGGUAUGAAUGUGUGUCUGAUAGUUAUGUUAGAAGCUGUAUUUGUAGACAUCAAGUGCUUCAAAUAUUUCUCUAUUGUAUAUUGUUUCCUCUUAUUUCCCAACUUGUAGAAAGAGAUUUUUCUUUUUUCUUUUUGUCUUUUGAGAUGUAUGAACCACUAGAUGUGGUGUUUGGUGUGUGUCAGUAUGUGUGUGUGUGUGCACAGGCAUCAGUAUCAAUGGUCUGUCAUCUGCAGAUGAAUGUAUUCAUCCCGAGCAGCUGUCUUGGUACCCUUGAUGUCAUUGCACAGGUGUACAAGUGGCAAAGAACAUGAUCAACUUUCUCUGAAUAAUCCCACGUUCUCUUUUUGUACUUGUAGACAACCAAACUCUUUUUGACCCCCACCCCACUAGUUAUUGUUUCUACUUUUUUUUUCUUCUCCCUUCUUGUAGAAUCAAAGAAACAAUUUGCUGAAUCAGAGUCUUCCUCUCAAAA